AUGUACUUAACUCAAAAGAAUUAUAAUAAACCAAACUUACCACCAUUAUCAUCAUUGUUAAAAGACCAACUGCACUAUAAAUUACCAUCAAUUGAUACUUUUUAUAAUGGUUCAAAUGUAUCAACAGAAUCUAUAAUGAGUAAUGUUAGUGCCCCUGCCACUCCUUUGACAACAGUUUCAACUCCAAUUUUACCAAUGAUGAAUCCUAUCAAGAAGGAAAACCAAUCUUUAAAUUUACCAGGUCCUGCUAUCACUAUACCCGUUAUAAAACAAUCACCAUCACCUAAAAAAUCUAUUGAAGGUGAAAAAAAAGUAACACCAGAAAAAAAGAGAAAAACUGAUAAAGCUUUUGCUUUUAUUAGUCAUUCACUUCAAACUUUCCCAUCCCAAGAACCUUCAAUCGAUAAUGCUCCUUUAGCUAGAAGGAAAAGAAGAAGAACUUCACCAAAUGAAUUAAAUAUUUUAAAUCAAGAAUUCAUGUUAGGUUCAACUCCUAAUAAAUUAAGAAGAAUUGAAAUCGCUAACAAAGUUUCAAUGACUGAAAAAGCUGUUCAAAUUUGGUUUCAAAAUAAAAGACAAAGUAUCAGAAAACAAAGUAAUAGUCAAGGAGAAAUAACUGUUUUACCACCAACAGAUUCAAUUGAUAAUUCACCAAAUACUUCGAUUAAUAACUCAUCUAUCAUAAAUUCCAUGAAUAAUUCCAUCAGUAAUUCAGUUAACAAUACUGUGAAUUCAUCAAUUAUAUCCUCAACUCCAAUCAAACCAUCAUUAAAUAAAUCACAAUCAUUUUCAAGUCCUGAUAGUUCUUUUAGAACUUCAUCACCAAUAAAACAAAGAUCAUCAUCAGCAUCAUCGAUAUUUUCAAAACCAAUCGUUCCAGUUAUACAAUUAAAUCAAUCACAAAUAAUUCAAUCAACUCCUAAUAAAUCCAUCUUAAAUGAAGAUUCUUUAGUACUCAAUGAAACCAAAAAGAAAAACCAUUCAUCACUUACAAAUGUAAAUAAUUCAAUGAGAACUUUCAAAUUAGGUAAGUUCAAAGUACGUAACGAUAACAAAGAAAACCCUACUAAGAAAAGUAAAAAUAAUAAAAUUCAAAACUUAUUAAAUAAUGCUGCUGAAGAAAGAAAACCUUUAGCUGAAAUAAGUAACAAUAAAAGAGUUAAUGAAGGGGUUCAAAGUUUAUUAUCUUUAAGAGAAGGUAACUGGAGAUAA